GAAUUAUUUACACCAGGCGCUCAGACCCAACGCAUACCUGUCGGACGCCUUUCACCAGCUUUAAAAGACAGUUUUAAGACUUAUCCAUGCGGCUGUAGGCUGUUUAUUGGUUGUCAGGGUGUUUAGAUGGAGGCUUGAAGAACGAAAGAUACACUUUAGACGCCUUGUAUCCGGUUCAAAUAGGGGAGAGACAUCAUGGACUCGUUCAGCACCAAGAACCUAGCCCUGCAGGCGCAGAAGAAGCUCAUGAGCAAGAUGGCGACCAAGACAGUGGCCAACCUCUUUAUAGACGACACCAGCAGCGAGGUACUGGACGAGCUGUACAGAGUCACCAAAGAGUACACGCGCAACCGCAAGGAGGCCCAGAAGAUCAUCAAAAACCUCAUCAAGAUGGUGGUCAAGUUGGGCGUCCUCUACCGCAACGGUCAAUUCAACAACGAGGAGCUAGCGUUAGUCGAGCGUUUUCGUAAGAAGGUGCAUACGCUGGCGAUGACAGCUGUUAGCUUCUACCAGAUCGACUUCACUUUUGAUCGACGCGUCAUGAGUAAUCUACUCAAUGACUGCCGUGAACUUCUGCACCAGGCCAUCAAUCGGCAUCUAACGGCGAAAUCUCACGCCCGAAUCAACCAUGUCUUCAAUCAUUUCGCCGAUUGUGACUUCCUCGCGACGCUAUACGGACCUUCAGAAGUGUACCGCGGCCACUUGCAGAAGAUCUGUGAAGGAGUCAACAAGAUGCUGGACGAAGGCAAUCUUUGAUGAAGACCUCUGAAGUCUUUUUAUUAUUUAAACAUGUUUUCGGUAUUUGUUUAAAAUGGAAGAUCUCGUGCCUUAUUUUUGCGCUAAAUUGAAGUACGUUUGUACUUGAAGUCGAAUGUUGUCGUAUAUUUUUAUGGUUUACAGUGCAAACGAAGAGCUCCAUAUUUGAAGGCAAUGUGAGAUUCAGAUAUCAGUGGAAAUGAAGGACCAUUUACAAAGCUUUUUUUCAAUGCCGAGAGGAAAUAUUCAAGCACUGCGAACACAGAAUGCACUGGGGGGGGGACACAAUAUGAAACACUUCAUAAGUAAUAUAAGGAAAUGAACCGCAGCAUCAGGCGUCUCACUUCCUGAAAAAGGACAUUCACUCUGAAACCUAAAAGGAAGAUGUUUUUGGUUAACUUUAACCCCUGUGAUUUCUAAACUUGAUCAUAUACAGAGCUGUGGCUGGAAAAAUCGUUAAAGAAAUCGAUUUUCAAAAGAUAUCGUGAUUCUCUCGUAUACUUUACAAACUGCUGUACUCUGCGACCUAGAGCGUCAUCUGUUGUUAAAAACUAGCCAAGAGGGUCAUCCGCUGUUCCAAACUAGCGUACAGCACCAUCUGCUAUUAAAAAACUAGCAUAGAUCGCCAUAUGAGGCUAAAAACUAACCUACAGCUUCAUUUGCUGUUCAAAACUAGCCUAGAGCGUCAUCUGCUGUUUAAAACUAGCCUUGAGCGUCAGCUGCUGUUUAAAACUAGUCUUGAGCGUCAUCUGCUGUUCAAAACUAGUCUUGAGCGUCUUCUGCUGUUCAAAAUUUGUCUUGAGCAUCAUCUGCUGUUCAAAACUAGCCUUCAGCCUCAUCUGCUAUUUAAACCUAAUCUAGAGCACCGUCUGCUGUUAAAAACUAGCCUAGAGCGUCAUCUGCUGUUCAAAACUAGCAUACAGCACCAUCUGCUAUUAAAAAAAACUAGCAUAGAUCACCUUCUGAGGUUAAAAAUUAGCCUUGAGCGUUAUCUGCUAUUCAAAACUAGCAUACAGUGCCAUGUGCUAUUUAAAAACUAGCGUAGAUCGCCAUCUGCUGCUAACUAACCUAUAGCACUGUCUGCUGUUAAAAACUAGCCACUUCAUCUGCUGUUCAAAACUAGCAUACAGCACCAUCUGCUAUUAAAAAAACUAGCAUAGAUCACCUUCUGAGGCUAAAAAUUAGUCUAGAUCGCCGUCUUCUGUUUAAAACUAGCAUACAGCACCAUCUGCUAUUAAAACAAACUAGCAUAGAUCGCCUUCUGAGGCUAAAAAUUAGCCUUGAGCGUUAUCUGCUGUUCAAAACUAGCAUACAGUGCCAUCUGCUAUUUAAAAACUAGCGUAGAUCGCCAUCUACUGCUAAAAAACUAACCUAUAGCACCGUUUGCUGUUUAAAACUAGCAUACAGCACCAUCUGCUAUUAAAAAAAACUAGCAUAGAUCGCCUUCUGAGGCUAAAAACUAGUCUAGAUCGCCGUCUUCUGUUCAAAACUAGCAUACAGCACCAUCUGCUAUUAAAAAACUAGCAUAGAUCGCCUUUUAAAGCUAAAAAUUAGUCUUGAGCGCCGUCUGCUGUUAAAAACUAGCCUUGAGCGUUAUCUGCUGUUCAAACCUAGCAUACAGUGCCAUCUGCUAUUAAAAAACUAGCGUAGAUCGCCAUCUGCUGCUAAAAACUAACCUAGAGCACUGUCUGCUGUUAAAAACUAGCCUAGAGCGCCGUCUGCUGUUCAAAACUAGCAUACAGCACCAUCUGCUAUUUAAAAACUAGCAUAGAUCGCCUUCUGAGGCUAAAAACUAGUUUAGAGCACCGUCUGCUGUUCAAAACGAGCAUAUAUCACCAUCUGUUGUUCAGAAUUAGCAUACAGCCAUGUCUGCUUUUUGAAACUAAGCUCAUAAUCAGUUCAAGAGAGAAUAGCGAUGCAUUUUGAAAAUCGCAGAAUCGAUUUCUCCCCCAAUUUUUCCCCACAGCUCUAGUCCUAUAGUGAUUUAUAUUAGUUUUGUUUUCCACUCCAUGGCGCCCCCUGCUGAUUGGAGGUCUUUCCAGGGAUGCAGUUCCUUAUAGCGGAGCGAAGAAUGCGCUAGAAUGUCACUGUGCUACAUUUCAGCAUGUUUAUUUGCUGUUUUAAUGAAGGUUUCUUUGUGUAUCGGUAUAUGACUGAGCCGUUAUUCUCCGUACACGUCACUUUUAACUUGUAUGGACAAUCAAUAUGACAAAUCUCCCAUGUUACUUGGGAUUAACAUUAUCUUCAGCCGUUUUGACAGAUUAAAGGAACAUUUUGGGUGGAAUAUACAAGUUAAGCUCCUUCAACAUGACCCGUGGGAUGUCGGAUACCACAAGAAAUCUGUAAAAGCUACCAAAAAUGUGCAGUAAUGCACUUUUAAUAGUUUGAGACAGCUGCGUACUGUCCCAUACACCUCCAUUGUUUGUAUCUGCACUUGAUUUAUAACCUUGAAUACUUCAAUGUUGUGUAUUUUUACAAAAUGCCCUAUUUUAAAGGAUACUUUAAGGCCCUGGUGCCUAAAUAAGGCUCUUAGUGAACAGUUGUAUACAUUGUGUCUUGACCUUAAAACAUAUUGUCUAUAUAUACGUGCACUUAUUGUUAUUAUAGUUUUCUUUUACACGUCAGUAGCAGAGGGUUGUUUGACUUUCUCUUCUUGUGACUCGAUUUUUAGGUGAAACUCAAGCUCACAAAGUAUCAAAUAAUUCAAGGGAAGAAGGAAAAAACGAAAAAAAAUAGAAGUGAAAGUCGCGAGUGACUCCUCAAAGCCAUACCUCCUGAUUAUUUUCAAGCCUCUCAGGGUUCUGUCUUGAACGCGUUUUUCCUUGUGGCGUUUUUUUGGGCCAAUUUAAACAAUUAUGAAACAAAUAUCUUGUUUUUCUUUUUGCAAAUGUCACCCGAGCAUUACAAGACAUCGCAUUCACCACAUUUUCUUUUGUCGAGUUUUAAAGGUUAUUUUUUUUUGUCACAAUCAAGUUCUGUAAAUGCUGUUUUUUUUUUUCUAGAAACGAUGUACAUAAAUACAGUAUUUGUGUGUGCGUGUGUAUAUAUAAAUGUCAUUCUUAAGAA